CCCAUCCAACCCGCCAGCCACCACCAGCCAUGGGGAAGAUCACCUUCUACGAGGACCGCGGCUUCCAGGGCCGCCACUACGAGUGCAGCAGUGACCACCCCAACCUGCAGCCCUACUUGAGCCGCUGCAACUCCAUCCGCGUGGACAGCGGCUGCUGGAUGCUCUAUGAGCAGCCCAACUUCGCGGGCUGCCAGUACUUCCUGCGUCGCGGGGACUACCCUGACUACCAGCAGUGGAUGGGCUUCAGCGACUCCAUCCGCUCCUGCCGCCUCAUCCCCCACUCCAGCUCUCACAGGAUCAAGAUCUAUGAGCGAGAGGACUUCAGAGGCCAGAUGGUGGAGAUCACAGACGACUGCUCCAACCUCCAGGAUCGCUUCCACUUCAGCGACUUCCUCUCCUUCCACGUGAUGGAGGGCUACUGGGUCCUCUAUGAGAUGCCCAACUACCGGGGGCGGCAGUACCUGCUGAGGCCCGGAGAGUACAGGCGCUACCAGGACUGGGGCGCCAUGAAUGCCAGGGUGGGCUCUCUGAGGAGAAUCAUGGAUUACUAUUGAAUUUUCUAACU